AAGUUUCUGCGUAGGAAAAGUCGAGGAAAGAUACGUACAAAUCGCGGGAAUAAGAAUCGAAAUUUAUACACGUUCCACAAUAAGAAGGUAUCUCCUCGGGUAUCGGAACGAAAAUAUAUAUGAUCGGCACUAUUGAAACAAUAAGUGGGAAUGCGUAAUGUUUUGCGGGAAUAAUUUUCCACGUUAUAAAUAUUAUUUCGUCGAGGGGAAAUAAAUGAUUGGGCGCGUGAUCUCGCCGCGUUAUUUAUCUACAGAUCGAGAAACUAAAUCGAGGAGGGAGUCGGGAACGAGUUUAUUAUAUUCUUCGAAAUUUCGAAAAACGAAGAAAAGCGAGGAAUCUUGGUUUCCUUCUCCCUCCUCCUCUCUCUCUCUUUAUCGUUUAACACACGCCUACGCGCGAACGUAAGGAAUAAUCGAAUCUACACGCCUACGCCUUUGUCCAACCCUCUCCGCUCCUUCUGCACCUUUUUAGGGUACAACGACAUUCCCUCCGCGUGAUACGUGACGGUUGCGUAUCUUGCGACGGGCGCGUAUAUCUUAACGCGGCAUAAUAGGCGUAGCGUGCGGUCAUCCGGAAAAAGUGACGUCACUUUAUCCCUGUUCCAACCAAUUAGCUCGCUAUUAUGGGCGAAGGCUUAGGUUGCACGCCACGACGCUCGUGAGUCGUAAAAACUCGGACAACGCGAAGCGGGGAAAAAGUGACGUCACGUAUCCGUGUCCAUGUACCUUGACAUUUCUCCACCUCUUACCUCCAACUUCGCCGCUCUCGUUGUUCGAGAGGUGGAGGAGGAUCGUUUACAUCAUCGCACGUAUAUACACGCACACAUAUACACACGGGGAACAAAAGAGGCAGGGGGAGAAUUCGAUCGACGUAUUUUCAAUGCGAUUAAAAAUAAACCUCUCCCCUCGCGCGCGUGCCUUAUCUUCUCUCGCGCUUGGAUUGCGACGCGACGCGACGCGACGCGACGCGUUGCUCUCUCGAAUGGAAACAAAUUACGUAUUUCACGUAGAGGAGAGAUUUUCAUCGCUCGAAGCGUCCAUUGACGGAGGAGGAGGGAGGGGGGGAGGCGACUCGUCAACACCGGGUCGCCAUCAACACGUGGCAACCUGUUUGCAACCGACAGCUCGAUCGAUCGAGCCGAGUUCGGAUGAGCGGCGAGGGGACGACCGUUAAACCGACGUUUCGUAACCGAUCCGUUUUGUCGAUCCGACGACAAACAAACGGGGACGCGGCGUCCUUUAACCCGGCGAAUCCAUAACCGAAAUAUACACGUUCGGUUCGAAUGUGUAUACGUGAUCAGUGAUGAUCGAGAUUUCGUUGGAACGCGGCGAUUCGCGUUUUCCUCCUAAUUUUUCUUAACACUUAAUACGUUUGUUGAACGCGUCGCGGUGCCGGUUCCCCGCCCAAUACUUGCACAUUCGUGGUGGCACGACGUUCCACCGUCUUUUCAUCUGGAAACGGAGAGAGAGAGAACCGAAAAUACACGGUCGUAGGUUUGACGUAGAACGGUUUGCCGUUACGUGUAUAAGCAACCGGAUAAAAUCGAUCCUGUAUUUGUUUCUUUUUGUCUCCACACUCUGGAAAAUCCCUCCUCUUUAACACCUUCGAUUCUCCUCCAGCUAAAAUACCCAACCCCCCUCCUCCUUAAACUUGACAUUCCUUUUUCGAAUUUUCCCGAAUUUUCGAGAUGAGUCGGAAAAAGAUGGUGGUUGUGGGAAGAGCGUCGCUCUCCUUUCCAACCCCGGACGGUAUACUCGACGUGGAUCAAAUCCUCGACACGGAUCCGUGGAAACAGAUCGACAAUUUCGUUCAACACAAUUUCAGGCAGAACCUGUUGGACGAAUUUAACGAACGGUUGAAACUGAAUCCCACGAUCGCGCCAUCAGAGAGUAAGAGCCCGGCAAAGAAGCAGGGGACGACGUCGUCGAGAACGCCCCGUAAAAGCGAGACGACGGCGGCGGCGGCUGCGAAGCCGAAGACGAACUUGGCAGGGAAAUCGGCGGCGAAGGAGAAGAAAAGCGUUGAUCGCUCGAAACCGAAGCUCGAGCCGAAAGGCAAAAAAGAGACAACGGGGAACAAAACGAAGGAUGGAGGGAAAGAAGUCUCGAAGGGGAAGGAGAAUGGAGGGAAAGAGGUUUCGAAGGGGAAGGAGAAUGGAGGGAAAGAGGUUUCGAAGGGGAAGGAAGGAGGGGGUGGCAGCGUGAAGGGAGGAGGGAAGAAGCAGGCGAAGGAAAAUAAAUGCGAGAAACAAGCGUCGACCGGGUCGAUGCAAAAAUUGAAUUCGGUGACGAGGAAAAAUUCGAUGUCGCGGAAGAGGAAGGAGAACGUCGUGGACGUCCGCGAAAAAUCGAUCAAGGGCGAAACGACGGAGAGGAAAAAGGAUAAAGUAGGGGGGGAGGGGAACAAAAGUUCGACGAACGGCGUGGACGAGUCGAGAAGCUUGAUUUCAAUGUCGCAGCUUAAAACGAGCACGCCGAAACGUGGCAAUCUUAGCGUUAUUAGCAGUUCCGUUGGGAAGGAAAAUGCUAUGGCAAGGUGCAACGUUUCGGCGUCGAAAGGAGAUUAUUCCGUGAGGAGCAACGUCUCCGUGAAGAGGAUGCAGUGCACGUCCACGUCCAUUUGUGCAACGAAUCAUUCGAGCACAGAUUCGAACAACAAUAACAACGGAAGCAAGAUCGAGAAGAAGAGUAAAGAAACGAGCGUGGCGAAACUCGAGCACAAAAGCACGAUUUUGGAAAGGACGAAGGAGGAGGGAACGCUCGGGGGCAAGGAAAUAUCGAGGAUAUCGAUGAAUGAGAAGAAAACGCUGACGUUGAGUUGCAAAAAGCAGGAUAAGAAAGAAGCGUCGGCAGAGAAGAAGAUUGGAAAGUACGAGAAGCGUUUGCUCGAGCGGCGAGAGAGACGGCGGAAAAGGAACAUAAAACGGCACGAAAGAAAAGCGGAGCAAGCCAUGGAAGAGUUCAGCCAUCACGUUACCCGCAUCGUGAAAAAAAUGGGUUAUUUGUCGGAAUUCAGUUCGUGUUCCAGCAGCGAAGAUGACGUUAGCAGUUAUUCCGAUUAUUCCUACGAUACUUAUUCCGAAUCCUCGAAAGGAUCGUCUUACUAUUAUUCUUACUCUUCUCGUAGCUCGUGUUCUUGCAGCAGCUCGUCUACCACGUUUUUAUAACCGAAGAUUAUUAUUUCAAAACGCGUUUUAAAUAUACCGACCUCCUGUCUCCCCGUUUAAACUCUUAAGUUUACGAAUGUGUUAUUUAUUUUUUUUUAAUCGUAUACAAAUAUAUUGCGUGUAAUAAAGAAUUUACCGAA